AUGAAAGAGACAGCAUCUCCCGACUCCCCUACACCGUCUGUGGGCUUGCUGGUCUCGGGCGUCGAUAAGAUUAUCGCCGAAAUUCGCAAUCGCAUCUGUGGCCGAGUCGAGGUCGAAGAGAAGUGGUGGUGCAUCAGCCUCAGCCGCGACGAGUUCAAGGCUUUUGAGGCGCGCUUUGAAGCCGAAGGGGAUUACCGCUGGCCAAAUUAG